AGCAUAAGAAUCGCGGGUCUUCCUUCCCCUAAGUUACUAGCUGUCUUUGAAUAUCAUGCGCUGCCUUCCCCUAAGUUACUAGCUAUCUUGUGUCCUCAUGCGACGAUUUCCUCUAAGUUACUAGCCCUCUUCCACCAUGACUCGACCUGAUCCAUCCGCCAUGCCUGUAUCGCCUCAUCCACGCGCCUCGACGCCCGCACAACUACGCUCAACCUUGGAAGGAUGUUGUUCAGUGGAUGGAAAAUCACCGGUCAUAGCCGGUUCUCAUGGCUCCCCCCCAAGUUGGCCGAGUUUUGAUCCCAUCGCCGCCUCCAAUUCGUCCAUGACCCUAUCGCCGCGCUUCCGAACACAACGUGCCUCAGGACAUAACUCGCUUCACCGAUUUUUUUCUUCUCGGGCCAAGGCAUGGCAUUCCUGGUGAUGAUGUCGAUUGCUUUUCGGAAUACGUAACCCCCCACGCUCAACUUCCAUGUCCGACACGUUUUCCUGCCCGCCGCCGGCCGUUUUAUUUCCUGGGGAACAUCCGGAGCCGCAACGAGAUGCAGUCACAUCCCCACAAGCAGUGUUUUUUUCUCACAAAUGCGCCUGGCUCCCCGGAUGACUUCCGUCAUGAAUCCUUGGGUUGGGCUGUAGACCGCAACGUUGUCGACGUCGACUCUCACGAGAUUGUGCGACACUCCACCGCUCGGUGGCUUUCAUCGGCUGUGACGGUUUGCAAUACGGAUAAAGCGUCAUGGGCGCACACAUUCCCCUCCAAGCGCAGCAAUCACACAAAGUGUCAAAGCACAGCCACCUACACCUUUCUUUACCUCGGCCUCCAGACCAAACUCGUGGAACUCGGAAAGCCUCAGUCUCUGUCUGAUCCGAAACAUGAACCAAGCAUUCGAGAACGAGCGAAAAUGAAACUUGGGUCGUCUAUGCAACAGCACAGCCAGGCAAGCCUCAUGGGUUAG